UUGAGGCGUCUCAGAUCUGAACUGAAGUCAAUCCAUCAUAUCAACACCAGCGAAAAGUGUCUGCAGUUUGAUCGGCCUGCAAUCUAAUCAGUGGAGCACAGGGACCUUUAUAUCAUAGACCCGUCAAAGCAAGUUACAGGCUGUAAGGACGUCAUUGUAGGAAGGUCCACCUCGCUGUGUUUCUGGAGCGGAGCACCACACGAUGCCUAACCUCACGGCCAAGAUCGCCGAGGCCCGCCUGGCGGUGGAGCAGCUGAAGCUGGAGGUCCACAUCGACCGCAUGCAGGUUUCCAAAGCAGCUGCGGAACUUCUAGCCUACUGUGAGGAACAUGCCAAGGAGGACCCUCUAGUCACCCCUGCUGCCAACUCCACCAACCCCUUUCGAGACAAGGGUAUGUGUGCCAUCCUUUAAGGGUGACUGCAAUGCCCAGCUCCCUCUGUCCCCACAACCCCACAUGCCACGGUUGGGAUUGUGAAGAGUAAGGUUGGACAACUGAUGGAAGAUUAGUGCACACAAAUAAAAACUUGGACUCAG